GGAGGGUGGCCGGGUUCGCAUCAAACCGAUUCAUGUAAAUCCAUGCUUUUAUCAGUCCCCUGAAAACGGCCAACUUCUACCACUGGAGGCACAUCAAUGGCACCCGCUGAAAUUCGGAGACACCUUUUCCCUGUUGGUGGACAAAUACAUUUUCAAGGUCCUUUCUGCUCAUACUGUAGAGAGCACAAUAAGAAAAAAUCAGGAGACUAAUGCAGAAGAAACACCAAGCAUUCACCCCAUUAAAAUGUCUUGUAGUCCAUCUUUAAUAGAACCAUCAUGUUCCAGUUCUAAGAUGCAGGAAAACACAAAAAUAAGAAGAAACAAGAUUACUUCCAGACAUUUGGUGUUGCCUCCUGAUGAUCAUGAACAGUUAAAAUCUCUUCAAAGAAAGAGAGUGCUUCCAUCUUGGAUGCUGGAGGAAGACGUCAUGGUUCAGAGGCUUUCUGACCCCAUAAUAAAAGAAGGUGGUGGAAUGAAAAGAGACCAAGGAGAGGGAGGAAGUAAUACAGAAUCCUUAAAAACAGAAAUAAAUGUGGAGAAGAGAAAAAGAUUGACUUCUGAAGAAAUUACAGAGACUUGUAAAGAUGAAGAGCAAUAUCAAGGGAAAAAGGGCUGCCUUUCCAGCACUGUCCUUUCCUCUCAGAAUACAUCUGAAUUUCCUCUUGAGAGAACCAUGAGAAACUUGGAAAGAAAUGGCAAGACUGACACAAGAAACCAUGGAAGUUCUGUGGAAAAAGAUGAUAGGCRGAUGGUUUAUAAAAGAUCUAAAGCCACAGGUGAGAUCUCCAGUAAAAGAAGUAGAAUUGAGAAAAUGGAAAAGAAAGAACAGAUUACAGGUUCUGCAAGCCAGCAUGCUCCCUGGGGCAGAACUUCUCCGUGCUAUGGUGCUGAGGAAGGGACUCAUGAGUCUGAUGCAAAUUGGGAUUACAAGCCUGAAAUUUCUAGUUCACCCAGAAGUAUUGAUGCUUCAGAGCGCUCCAAACACAUCAAGCAUAAGAGGACCCCUUGCAUGUAUGGAACAGACUGUUACAGGAAGAAUCCUGUUCACUUUGAGCAGUUUAGUCACCCUAAUGAUGAUGACUAUCAUGAGAUAGACGUCAUAACUCAGCGUAACAGCGAUGACCGACCCGAAUGUCCUUAUGGAACUACUUGUUAUAGGAAGAAUCCACAACACAAGCUAGAAUACAAGCACAGCGCACCUCCAGGAAGAAGAGCUUUGGAGGAAGACGGUGACAAUGAUGGUGAACCAAACRAAUAUGACCUUAAUGACAGCUUUAUAGAUGAUGAAGAGUGUGCAUCUACUGAUGAAGAUUCCGACUGGGAACCAAAUUCAGAAGAAAAGGAUAACGAAGAUGUGGAAACACUUCUGAAGGAAGCACGCAGAUUUGUUAAUGCCAAAAGGUAACUGUGCUUCACAUCAAAAACUCCCUCUCCGGUUGAGCUGGAACAUGAAUGUGUGAGAAGGGGAACUGCUUUAAGACCUGUGAGGGUGUUUUUUCCCCCUCUCACUGAUAAAUAGGCACUACAGGGAGAUUUCAGUGGGGAUGAGGGCACCAAGCAAUACAUUUCUUUUUUUUUUAUUAUUUUAUUUUGAUCUUUGUUUUCUUAGGGGCUGGUGUCUAGYGAUUUGAGUAGUAAUAUUUUUUAAGAGAAAUUUCUCAUCUGUUUCUCUCGCAACGUUGUUAGCUAUCAGAGCUUAAAAGACUUUAAAAGUUGUUAAGCUGCUUUGUUCUGUGAUUGAAAUAAAUACUGACAUUAGAAAGGCCUGAGUUUUGCUAAUGCGUAAUGUGGCGAUCCAGACCUGGUGUUUGCCCCAGGGGAGAGCCAGGUCCCUUGCUGUGCCGCAGCCUAGACCCCCYGCAGGCUCCCAGCUGCCCUGGAGCUGCGGCUCCUUGCGGCCGCUCAUGCAGGGCCACAAGUGCUGGGGUCGGAGUCCUGGCUGUCACCGGCUGUCACUGCCAACAACCUGCUAAAGCAGGACGAGUUCUUAGCGACUCCCUGCGAAACGAGGCGCCUGCGGAGCAGUGACUUCCGAGAGGACACCGGCCAGCAGGACAGCAAGACCCCUCAUCCACCCCGAUGAUGCGAGAUGGCUGGCGGGCUCCAAGC